AUGGAGGUACUAGCAUCCGUCUCACCGCACCCACCAGCUCCGACCACCGCCAACAACAGCAACAGCCCAUCCCCCAAAUCCCCAGAGCCCGAACCCGAGACGCCCACCCGGAUCCAACCACCCAAGCCGCUCUCCUUCACCAACGGAGUCCUCAAACGCCACCACCACCUCCGCCCGCCGCCGCCGCCGACCGCCGCCGUCGCCUAUAAGGAAUGUCUCAAGAACCACGCCGCUUCUUUGGGCGGCCACGCUUUGGACGGAUGCGGGGAGUUCAUGCCUUCCCCCAACACCACCCCCACCGAUCCCACUUCAUUGAAAUGCGCCGCCUGCGGCUGCCACCGCAAUUUCCACCGCCGCGAACCGGAAGACAACCCCAACACCCAUAAUCCUCUUGCUCUGCCGCCGCCGCUCGCCGCCAUCGAGUACCAUCCCCACCACCGCCACCACCCUCCGCCGCCAGCGCCGCUUUCGGCGGCGCCCCCUCGGAGCCCGAAUUCCGCCUCCCCGCCUCCGAUCUCGUCCUCCUACUACCCUUCCGCCCCCCACAUGCUGCUGGCUCUGUCCGGGUCGGGACCCGGCGAAAACCCGAACCCGAAUCUCGCAACCGUUUCCCCACACCAACACGGCUCGUCGUCGAGGAAGCGGUUCAGAUCCAGGUUCACCCAGCACCAGAAGGAGCGGAUGCACGAGUUCGCGGAGCGGGUCGGGUGGAAGAUGCAGAAGAGCGACGAGGAUUUGGUGCUGGAAUUCUGCAACGAGGUCAAGGUAGAUAAAGGGGUUUUCAAGGUCUGGAUGCAUAACAACAAGAACACCUUCGCCAAAACCCGGGUCAGUGGUAGUAGUAAUACCAAUAAUAGCCUAGACCACCACCACCACCACAGCGCCGGCGGAAUCGCCGGCGGCGUGAGUAAUAACGGAGAUGGGUCGAAUCAGGGCAACAACAACAACCACUACCACCACCGUCUGUUUGAGAGUGAUAAUGUCGGUGGUGCUAAUGGGUCAUCUUCAUCAUCUUGA